AAAAAAAAAAAAAUCACGGAAUAAGACUGGAAGAGUUGCUGCUGACAGCUUGUUGUGGGAGCGAGAAACAUGAUCCAAUGACAGAUGGGACCGAGAGAGUCAAUGAGAUAGGUAUCUGAGCAAAGCACACCUGUGGUGGCAACCUAUCCCAGGGGAGAGGGUGUGGUGAUGAGAGCGGCGGUGGAAAAAGGAGCGAAGCAGGACUGGAGUGGAAAACAAUUCCCCAUUAAGGAAUAAUUAGUAGACGUCUUGUCUGACCGAGGAGCAAAUCAUGACCAUCAGUGAUAGCUGCGCCUGAAUCAUACAGGGGCACAGAGUUUUGUAGGAACUGGGAUUACCGUAUUUAUCUGAAUAUAACUCCUGCUCUGCAAAAAAAAUUUGGGCUGUGCAAAAUAUCCAAGACUGGUGCAUGACACAAGUAAAUGAGAGAAGAUGAUGGAGCGGCCACCACCUGAGGUUCCCGAUGACCUUGUCACACAGAGAACUGCGUACGAUGGAGGAAAGUGGGUGCGUCUGAAUGUGGGAGGCACAGUGUUCCUUACAACAAAACAGACUCUGUGCCAGGAACCCAACUCUUUUCUUUGCCGGCUCUGCCAGGAGUCCCAGUUGUUGUCUGAGACGGAUGAGACUGGGGCAUUUCUUAUUGACCGGGACCCAUCGUACUUUGGUGCAAUCUUACGAUACUUGCGAUAUGGUAAACUGGUAAUAGACAAGAACGUAUCUAUUGAAGGAGUGUUAGAAGAAGCUGAGUUCUACAACAUUGCUUCGUUGGUCAAAAUAAUUCAUGAGAAAAUAAAGGAGGCCGAAGUCAAUAAGUCCCAACAGAAACAUGUCUACCGGGUGUUACAAUGUCAAGAGGCAGAGUUGGCUCAGAUGGUCUCUACUAUGUCCGACAGCUGGAAAUUUGAGCAGCUGGUAAAUGUGGGGUCUCCAUACAGUUACAGUAGUGAAGGACAACCGGAAUUCCUCUGUGUGGUAUCAAGAGAGCUCCAGAGCAAGCUGAAAAUAUGUGGAAGCGAGGCCUGCAGUACAGCCCAGACUUUUGAUGCUGAACAGGAUGAAGAGGACGUGUUAGACCCUGAAUAUAUUGUGUUCCAGGAGAGGGACAGAGAAAGCAGGCAUUGACUCCAGUGAGUUUCCCCACAUAGACAUCUAAUACCUUACGUUACACGCAUCCUCAUCUCCUCCAUAACGUCUAUGCAGUCUUGUAUCUUUUAUACUUGUAAUGUUGGCUUCCCUUCCAUUAUUUCCACUAAACACAGAACGUCCCUUUUUCUCCCUUGUGGGAUCCAUUCCUAUUUUCGGUAACUUUUGCCAACUUACCCCUUCGGCCUAGGCCCGUAGCACCUGACUGACCACCCAUCUAGGAAUCACUUUUUGUGUUCCCAUCUUCACACUUGCAUUUUCAUCUCUCUCCCUUUUGCUUCCAGACAUUGGGGGACAUGUAUCAAUAAUUGUGUAGCAAUGUGUGAUUUUAUGUAUGUUUUUUUUGCGUCAAAUGGAGCAUAUUUGCGCCAAAAUUAUCAAUUGUCGUACGCAAGUUUGCAAUUUUGGCACAAAUGUAGCCCUACAAAAGGUGCAGACCCCAGAAUUCAAGGCAGUAAAUCUGACUUUGGGACAUUCUACUGUUGUAGCUAUUUUCUCUGUCACUUUAUUCAUGGUGUAGAUUUGCGCCUAAAUGAAGGUAUUUGCGCCUAAACUUGCGCCAAAUCGAAAAGUCGCAAUAAAUUAAUUCCAGACCAAAGAAUGAUUGUAACUGAAAUCACGACUAACAAAGUGAAAUCAGUGAUUUUGUUCUAAACCAUUUGGCGCAAUUGUUUGUCGCAAAAAGUGACAUAAAAGGAAAUUUGAGAUAAAUCAGUCAAAAAAACAGGGUAAAAUCCUUCAUACAUACCCCCCAUUAUCCUUAGUGGUCAUUGCUCUACAGUCUUCAUUUUUGUUAAUGAAUACCUCAAAUAAAGCAGACUUUUUCA